UUCCUUAUCGAAAAAAAAAGAGAGAGAGAAGAUCUCAGGCUUGGGAUAUCAAACCUUGCAAUUUCCGGCAACGCAAUCAAUCAACAGAAAGGCAUGGCUUCUGCAACCCCAGCAGCUAUGAGUCGGAAACAGAAAGUCUUUGCUAGACUCCGACAGGAAAAUGAAGGUCGCAGGGUUGGGAAGUCGAAUCCUACAAUUACUGUAAACCCAACCGAUCAACAGGAAGGUGUUGAAACCUCUGAGAGGGAAUGGAUGGAUGAAGGGGGACGCAGGCGACCACUGCCUCUUUUCAUGCAACGACACAGGGAAGCCAUCCGUAAGCGCACUGAGAGGCAAUUGGAGAUUCUCAAUCCAAGAGGCCCGCCUGAGGGACUGCCACCGGAGAGACUUUGGGCCUUUACUUUUUAGAAGAGAGACCUAUGACUUGAACAACAAUUAAGUUUGGGAUUUUAGGUUUAGAGAGUUUUGAGAGUUAAUAGUUUGUUUUUCUUUUUUUUUAACUGGAACAUUAAUGGAGUUAGAUAGCAGAGCUAGUGAGUCAACUAACGGAAUUAUUGCCACCUAGACGAUGUAUGGAUGCAUUAAUGCAUGGAAGGGGAUCUCAAUUUAAAGAACGAAAAU